AUGGAAUUGGAGAUACGACAAACUCUAAGUGGAAAUCGUCAUACUGGUCGUAUUUCUCCACGUGCAUUUUUGACAUCAAUGUCACCUGUUAUGUCUAGAGAUGCAGAGGUAUUCAUGAAAGCAGCAGCUGCUGUUUGUCAGUUGGAAUCAUCAGGAGGAAGGACCUUUGUUGUGUUAUCAAAAGAAAAAGAGAAAGAUAAGGAAAAGUCAAAAGUAUCUGGUGUUGAACUGGGGGUAUCUUCUACUGAAUGUGUUCGAAUCCCUGAAAAUAAAACCCAUGAUGGCCCAGCUAAGUGUUCUAAAGGCCACAAAAGAAUUCCUGCAAGUCUUACUAUGGUAAUUGAUCAUCUUCUUGAAAUUGUAAUGAAAUUUCCUUCACCAAGUGGUGAGGACAAUUGCACAAAUUAUCCAAGUGCAAUGGAGGUUGAUGAACCUGCUACCAAGGUAAAGGGUAAAUCGAAGGUUGAUGAGGCAAAGAAGAUUGAAUCAGACAGUCAAUCAGAAAGAUCAGUGGGGCUAGCUAAGUGCAAUCCGGGUUUCAUUGCCUCCAUUGUUUUGCUUGUUACUCAUGUAUACUGUGGUGUUGGAGAUGUGAAGCGGAAUCGCAAUGUUGGGUCAGGAAGUACAAACCAACGCUAUAUAGCACCCCCACCUGAUGAAGCUACUAUUGCCACAAUUGUGGAGAUGGGUUUUGGCAGGGCAAGAGCAGAGGAAGCACUGAGACGGGUGGAAACAAACAGUGUUGAGAUGGCCAUGGAAUGGUUGUUUAGUCAUGUUGAAGAUCCUGUUCAGGAGGAUGAUGAAUUGGCGCGGGCACUUGCUUUGUCACUAGGAAGUUCAUCGGAGACAUCUAAAGUUGAAAACAUUGAUAAGUCCAUCGAUACCCUCAAGGACGAUGGACGAACAAAGGAACCCCCUGUGGAUGACAUUCUUGCUGCAACGAUGAAAUUGUUUGAGAGUAGUGACUGGAUGGCUUUUCCUUUGACUGAUUUGCUAGUUACGCUUUGCAGUCGGAACAAAGGUGAAGAUCGCCCAAGAGUGAUCUCUUAUCUUAUUCAGCAGCUAAAGCUUUGCCCAUUGGAAUUUUCUAAGGAUGCCAGUGCUUUGUGUAUGAUAUCACAUACUUUAGCAUUGCUUCUUUCUGAAGAUGGAAGUGCGCGAGAGAUCGUUGCAAAGAAUGGUAUUGCCAAUGUAGCCAUCGAUAUUCUGAUGAACUUCAAAGCAAGAACUGAGUCAGGAAACGAGCCAGUGGUACCAAAAUGUGUUAGUGCUCUACUACUUAUCUUGGAUAAUUUGUUGCAAUCCAGGCCUAGAAUAUCUGCUGAUAUUACUGAGGGAACUCCUGGGGGACCUUUACCUGACUCGUCUGGGGAGCAUGUUUCAUUGUCUGUUUCAGAAGCAGUAAAAGAGAGAAAUCCAACUCCAGCAGCCCAUGAUAAAGACUCUACUUCAUUUGAGAGAAUUUUUGGAAACUCUACCGGCUAUUUGACUGUUGAUGAGAGUCGAAGGGUAUUGGUUGUUGCUUGUGACUUGAUAAGACAACAUGUCCCAGCUAUGGUCAUGCAGUCUGUUUUACAAUUAUGUGCUCGGUUGACAAAAACAUUCUCUGGCUCUGCAAUUUCUCGAAAAUGGAGGCUUGGUUGCUCUUUUUAG